AUGCCUGUUCCAUUUCUUGGCCGGCUGCACCCCACCGAGUACUUCGCUCUGGUGGGGUCUUUCUUCUUUGUUGGGCUCGAGGCCAUAAUCCGGAUAUUGACAUUAGCCCUACCACCGUUCCUUGUACAAAUCUUCUAUCGAGCGUCGCGACGUAUAUUCAAUCGAUUUUCCAGCCCGGCACAGCAAAGAGCUGAGGAUAAAAAGAAGACCAUAUCAACAUCUGUGAGAGAUGCUGCCGACUUCGUCGAACUUUGCCGAUUAUGGGGAUAUGAAGCCGAGGAGCACAUUGUGCAAACAAAAGAUGGCUUUCUCCUGGGCCUCCACCGCCUGCAAUGGAGACGAGGCGAGGAGGGUAGAAAAGUCAACAACGGACCAUCAAGUAUCAGGAAGCGAGUGGCAUAUUUACAUCAUGGCCUUUUGAUGAACUCUGAAGUUUGGGUGUGCCUCACAGACGAGCAGAGAUGCUUGCCUUUUGAGUUGGUGGAACGGGGAUUCGAUGUCUGGUUUGGAAAUAACCGGGGCAACAAAUACUCCAAAAAGUCCAUUCACUGUUCUCCCAACUCGUUGAACUUCUGGGAUUUUUCCAUGGACGAGUUUGCCUUUCAUGAUAUCCCAGAUAGUAUAUCAUACAUCCUGGAUACAACACAGCAAAAGAGUCUUUCAUACAUCGGCUUCUCUCAGGGCACGGCACAGGCAUUUGCAACUCUCGCUAUUCAUCCAAAGCUCAAUCGUCAAGUAAAUGUCUUCAUCGCUCUGGCCCCGGCCAUGGCCCCGGCGGGUCUCUCUAAUGGAGUUGUGGACUCCCUGGUCAAGGCCUCUCCCCAGGUCCUGUUUCUUCUCUUUGGCAGAAGAUCUAUUCUCAGCUCUGCAACAAUGUGGGAGAGUCUCUUGUACCCGCCAUUGUUCAGUCGAGUUAUCGACAUGGGUUUGUCCUUUCUUUUCAACUGGCAGACGAAGAAUAUAUCCGCAAGUCAAAAGUUAGCGGCCUAUCCACACUUGUAUUCUUUCACCAGCACGAAGAGUGUGGUCCACUGGUUCCAGAUCAUUCGGCAUAGAUCUUUCCAGAUGUAUGAUGACGAUGUGCACCAGCCUAUGAGCCUCAGCACUUCCAGCAAGUACUCUAAAGUUGCGAAAUACCCUACUAGAAACAUCAGAACGCCAGUUGUCCUGGUCUAUGGGGGGAGCGACUCGUUGGUUGACAUCAAAGUCAUGCUAAAAGAAUUGCCCCCACAGACAGUUGCAACUGAGAUUCCUCACUACGAGCAUUUGGAUUUCCUAUGGGCGAGGGAUGUCAACACACAAGUUUUCCAGCAUGUGUUUGAUGCCCUCGAAAGCUUCACCAACGCAGAACAUACAAAGGAGGAAUACGAUAGAUAUUUCUUUGCAAGGCAAGAGAGUUUGAUUGGCUCUGCGCAUCUGCAUGAUGGCGGUCCGAGAGAGAGUGAAAGCGAGUCGUCGACAAUUGCGGUUGCAUCCGAUGACGCAAAUUCUCCAUCGAGCUACACACACCGCGCGCGAGAAAACGAGCCCUCCGAGAACCCCGCCUCAAUGGUUACACCAAUCCAGACAUCUUUCACAUCCCAGCAGGCCCCUGAAACAGUCGCGAAAACUGCCCGGCAUGAAGUACAGUGGCAGGACGAUUCUGUUGGAACCUCUCCAUCUUCGCCACGACUCUCAAAGGUCAAGUUUGCAGGAACACGAAGAGGCAGUGACGGGAGCACUAUCAGUGUAGAUGGUAUGCGCGGUGGCAAAGGCAUCAGCCUCGGCGCAAGUAAGACCGCUGAUGGUGUUGUAACUCGAACGGUGUCUAGGAGCGCGGGCACGCCAAUAUCCCCAGGCGAUGAUGCCAAAUUAUCAGUGAAGAAGCGGAAGUAG